CGUCAUUUCCGUCACGUUUUACCCUGCAAUAUGGCAGAAUUUGAUCUUACACCGAAAUUGUGCCAAUAUUUGGAUCGCCAUUUAGUAUUUCCUCUUCUAGAGUUCUUGUCAGUAAAAGAGCUUUAUGAUGAGAAAGACAUGCUGCUUGGGAAGUUGGAGUUGCUUAGCAACACCAAUAUGGUAGAUUUUGCAAUGGAUGUGCAUAAAAAUCUCUAUCCUGAUCAGCGUGAUCCAGUCUCUCUCCGUGAGAAACGCCAGGAGGUGGUGACGAAGCUUAAGAGCCUUCAAGCAGAGACUGAUGACAUCAUCAAAAUCUUUGAAGAACCAGAGGUACAAAGACAGAUACAGAGCUCUAGGGAUGGCAGACAGUUGUUUGAUUUUCUCUACAAAGAGUAUCAUUUCAAGCAGGAGAUGGUGGAUACUUUGUACAAUUAUGCCAAGUUUCAGUAUGAAUGUGGAAACUACUCAGGAACUGCUGAAUAUCUGUACUUUGUGCGAGUCUUGCUUCCACCCAGUGAUAAAAACUUCAUGAAUGCUUGCUGGGGCAAACUUGCAUCUGAGAUUCUGAUGCAGAGCUGGGAGGUGGCAUUAGAGGAUCUGAACAGAGUGAAGGACCUCAUUGAUAACAGUGGUGUUAAUGCACUUGAGGCAUUGCAGCAGCGUACAUGGCUUAUUCACUGGAGUCUGUUUGUCUUCUUCAACCACCCAAAAGGAAGGGAUCUCAUCAUUGAUCUGUUUUUGUAUCAGCCAAACUAUCUGAAUGCCAUUCAGACAAUGUGUCCCCAUAUUCUCCGUUACCUGACUACAGCUGUCAUCACAAACAAAGGUCGACGUCAGAAAGUUCUUAAAGAUCUGGUGAAAGUUAUCCAGCAGGAAUCCUACACCUACAAAGAUCCCAUCACAGAAUUUGUUAUGUGCUUGUAUGUCAACUUUGAUUUUGAUGGGGCACAACAGAAAUUGAGAGAGUGUGAGACUGUGCUGAUGAAUGAUUUCUUUUUGGUGGCUUGCCUGGAAGACUUCAUCGAGAAUGCACGUCUGCUCAUAUUUGAGACCUUCUGUCGGAUCCAUGAGUGCAUCAGUAUAAAUAUGUUGGCGGAAAAGCUGAACAUGACACCAGAUGAAGCAGAGCGUUGGAUUGUCAAUUUGAUACGCAAUGCUCGGCUGGAUGCCAAAAUUGAUUCAAAGCUGGGUCAUGUGGUGAUGGGUACCCAGGCAGUCUCUCCAUACCAACAAGUCAUAGAAAAGACAAAGAAUCUUUCCUUCCGUUCACAGAUGUUGGCAUUGAAUAUAGAGAAACGUGCUGGGCUGCACAGCAAAACAGAUAGUCAGUGGGGUGCACAGGACUAGAGGCACAUCACAAGUCAAGAGGUGAUAAAACUGGACAUUUCUUCUUGAGAACUACAAUUGUGCUGUAAUAUUGUAUAUGUAAUUUACCUGUGCUGGCUUUUUCCCUAAUGUAAAGACUGGGUAAUUAAAAACACAAUACAAUGUUUUUUGAGUC